CUGGCCACUCACCCUGCAGGCUCCCCUUCCAGUGACAGCCAGUGCUGGGCACCUCAGUGAGAGAUGAACCCCACGGUCGGCAUCGCUGUCAUCCUGACAGUCCUCCAGGCUGCCCACUGCCAGAUGAUCAAGGACCUGAGUGCCUGCCUGCUGGGCCAGAGCCUCCGGGUGGACUGUCGCUAUGAGAACAAAACCAGUAACCCCCUGACCUACGAGUUCAGCAUCACCAAGGACAACAGGAAGCAUGUCAUCCACAGCACCAUCAGCGUCUCGGAGAACAUCUACCGGAGCCGAGCCAACGUCACCAUGCACAAGAACCUGGUGUGCCUCUACCUGCAGAGCUUCACCACCAGCGAUGAGGGUGUCUACAUGUGUGAGCUGAAGGCCACCAAUGACUACACCGGGAACCAGAUAAAGAACAUCACCGUCAUCAAAGACAAACUGGAGAAGUGCGCCGGCUUCAGCCUCUUGAUCCAGAACACUUCGUGGCUCCUGCUCCUCCUCCUUUCCCUGCCUCUCCUGCAAGCCGUGGACUUCGUGUCCCUGUGAAAGGAAAAGCACACACACACUCACACACACUCACACACACACACAUACACAUGCACACACAUGCACGCACACACCGAGCACCCCAGCAAACCCGCCUCCCCCGCCAGAACACAGCCCUUGGGAAGAGGAGCUGAACCAUUGGGAACCAGUGAAACCUCUCUCUGUGUUAUCUCUAUAUAGCCGUAUAUACUGCUACCCACCGUCCGGUGCCAAGGCCCGCCGUCACACGCACACAUGCCCUGCUCCGAAGCGUGGUGGCUCUGCUAGGCAGCAUUGCUUCUCCCAUCGCUCCUCCCCGCUCGGGUUAGGCUGGUUGGGAGCACUGGAGCCUCAGCCCCACACAGCCGCUUCUCCCAUCCCUUUGGCUUUUGGGGUUUGCCUGUUCUCAACCGGAUUGGCAGGUAAGAGAAGGAGGUGAUGUGUGCAGAGGGGUCCCAUGUUGGGUGCUGUGCCCCUGUUGGAGAUGGGGCUGUGUGUCCCCAGCCUGGCCAGGCUGGGAGAAGAGAGGGGAGCAGGUUUAGGAGACACCAAUGACCCUACCCCCUUAGGGCUCUUUUGGGGCCCUGGGGAAGGGGAUCACUGCAAACGUGCUUUGGCAACAAGUAUAUCCUAAUCUGUCUUUUACAGCCGAGCUGGGAGUGAGGCCUCCUCCAGGCAUCAUCGGGUACCUCUGGGCUGCCCAAGCCACAGACACCACUUGCUCUGCCCCGAGACCAGCCCUUAGCUGUGACGAGGGAACUGCUGCCAGCACCAGUGGAGGCAAGCAGAGCCUCUCUGAGCUAGCCACAGCAUUGCCCCUACUCCUCUCCCUGUGGUCCCCAGAGCUGGAUCCAGCCAGGCUGGUGGGGAGGGCACAUCCCAAUGCCUGGCCACGGCUAGGCUUAGCAGUCUUCCUCCAGCCCCACCAUGCCGCUGGGAGGACCCCCUGUACCCCUUCCCUUCUCCUUCUUCCCUUUCAUCAUUCCCUGUGUCCAUUUAAGACCAGAGGAGGGUGUAAGGGCAGCCCAGCUGGCUGUGGGGAGAGCGACUGAAGGGCUGGUCCUGCUGUACCCUCACCCAGGAGAGUGCACAGGAGCAGGGAAAGAUGCAGGCAGGAGCAUCCUGGUCCAUGGGGUGAACCCCAGCCCCACUGAGCUACCCGUGCAGCCUGAGCUGUGCCACCACGGCUGAGAGCAACCCACAGCAGCUGCUCCCCAUGCCUUGCGAGCUGCCUCCUGCCUACCCCUGCCCGUUCCCUGCCCGUCCCUGCCUGCUUGCUUGCUGUCUAGUGCUGCUGAGGCCGUGUAUAGCUGAGGUCUGGCUGUGCCCAGCUCCCUGGGCUUGCUGGUGAGCGCUGGGGCAGAGCCCAGCCAGCAGAGCGCGGAUGCAUCUCGAGUCUCAUUUUUGGGUGACCAUUUGUAGUUGUUUUCCACAGCUUGUUGUAAACCAAACUCUGUCAAGGGGGGGGAAAGAACCCUAUGAAAAGCAACAACAACAACAAGAAACACCUUAUCCUGCAGGAGUGUUCCUCUGUCUGCACAAUAAAACCCUAGGUUGUGUGUUGGA